AUGUAUCACUCGUAUUUGGUCUGGCGACGCAAGCGAUAUCCGUACGAAAACGUUCAACCGCAAAGCUAUGGACGAGGUCAUCAUGGACAGCAGCAGCAGCAUCAUUACGACUUCGUGCCAUACUCUGGUCAUCAUCCACAUCAACAAAAGCAUGAUUACUACGCUUAUAACCCGGAAUUGGGUGCUUCUGGAGGUCGACAUCGUCGAGAAGCACAGGGGAACGACUACUACUCUCUGCCGCCACCCCCGCCGCCACCGCCGCCGUCGUAUGGGACGACGACGAAACCCUCUUUUCCGGCUGAUUCUGGUGAACACAAAAGCGUGCUCAAGAAGUCGUUCAAUUCUUUCUUCGUGCCGACACCGUUGACGGAUGUGGUUUUGGAAGUCAAGGACAAGCAUGGUUCAUCUUACGAACCGGCUGAGGCGUGGAAGGCCGACUGCAAUGCCAAAUACGGAUCUGCGCAUGGAUUCAAGUUUGGCUGGAUCACAGGCGUUGGGGAGCGACAUGAGGGCUACGAGGCGACGAUGAAGACCCUGGAUUUUAACACGUGCACGGGGCCGACAAAUGGUGAUGAUUCGGAAAACAAAAAGGAUGACUAUCCACCAAAACCCAACACCUUCCAGCUGGAUUUGAACGAGGUCAGGGUCAUCGAUUUAACACCGGAAGAACACCCGUAUCUGCCGAGCUCCGAUUGCCCUCGAGGCUUCCUGCUCACGGCCCUCUGGGCCGAGGACUACGACUGGAAGCACGUCAAGUACGGCAAAUGCGUGGAACUGGAGGACGGUCUCGUUGACUUCAUGACUUGUGCAAAUUUUGAACCAGAGCCUCAGAAGGAGAAGCAGGAACAGCAUGGAUACUACAAGGAUCAUCAGCCUACAUCCUCUUACAAUAAGAAGCUCGCAGUUAUUGAUUGUCCCAGAGCGUGGGCUGCAGUUGGUCUGAGGCGGUCCUAUCAAGGCAUAGACGCCCUGCGCUGCUGUAAGAUCGUGCCGCCACAUCCGCUGCCACCACCGCCGCCUCAUCCGGCCGGCUACGGCUACCCUGCAUAAUUGAAUCUCUGGCGCGUGAUUGUAUCGACGGAUUGUCGAACUACUCCUCGAAUUUUCGGCUGUUCACUUGGUUCAAUGGUUGCAUCAGUAAAGUUGCAGGGCUGUAUACUGCCUAUCCAAAGA